AUGGGGUGUUGGUGGCAGCUCCUGCUGGGGCUGUGGGCAGUCCCACCCAUGUGGGCUGGGCGCGAGCUGCUCAACAUCUGCAUGAACGCCAAGCCCCACAAGCCAGAGCCCAGCCCGGAGGCCAAGCUCUACGAGGAGUGCAUCCCCUGGAAGGACAGUGCCUGCUGCACGGCCAACACGAGCUGGGAAGCCCACCUGGAUGUGUCCCUGCUCUACAACUUCAGCUUGGUUCACUGCGGGUUGAUGAUGGCAGACUGUCAGAAGCACUUCCUCCAGGCCAUCUGCUUCUACGAGUGCUCUCCCAACCUGGGGCCUUGGAUCCAGCGGGUGGGAAGAAGUGGGCUGGGGUGGGAGCUGGACCCGAGUGGGCGGGCGGAGCGGAUUCUGGACGCGCCCCUGUGCCGGGAAGACUGCGAGCAGUGGUGGACCGACUGCCGCACAUCCUACACCUGCAAAUCCAACUGGCACGGCGGCUGGACCUGGAGUCGGGGGAAGCCCCGCUGCCCUGCCAGAGCCCUCUGUCACCCUUUCCUGCAUUACUUCCCCACCCCGGCUGACCUAUGUGAGAAGAUCUGGAGCAACUCCUUCAAGGCAAGCCCGGAGCAUAGGACCAGCGGGCGGUGUCUGCAGAAGUGGUUCAAGCCUGCCGGGGGCAACCCCAAUGUGGCCGUGGCCCGCCUCUUCGCCAGCCCUGCCCCGUCCUGGGAGCUCUCUGACAUGCUCCUGGCUUUCUCUCUGUUCCUGCUGCUCCUUUCCUGA